AUGACGACACAAUCGUCUCUUUUCGAGAAAUUUCUUGCAUUUAUGCAUGAAACAUUGAAUACGAAUAAAGCUCUAAUUGAACAAAAAUCAAGACUGUAUGAAUUAGCUUUACAAAACGAGAAAACAAUGCAAUUUUUUUUGGAUCGAGCGGAUCAAAUUGUAAUUCUUGAUGCGAAUCAACUAAUUGAAAUUGGUAUGAAAAAGGUCACAGAAUUAAAUGUGGAAAGUGUAAGUGAAAUGAAAAAUUUACAAACAAGAUUACAAGAAGUUCUUGGUGAUACAAAGGAUGAUACAACUAAUGAUCCAAGUUGUAGACAGUUGGAAUCUUCUAAACCUUAG